AUGAGAUUAAGCAAACUAAGAGUAGCCUUUCUAGGCACAGUGGUGAUGACGACAGUGUCUGCCGGCAUAUACACGGAACUUCCAACCAACCUCGCAGAGGUGGACGUCAUAAUUGCCGGAGGAGGCACCGCUGGCAGCAUCGUUGCCUCACGACUCGCCGAAGUAGACCCAACCCUAUCGAUUCUCGUCAUCGAGCAGGGUCAAGACAGCUUCAACGUCACAAAUGUCAUCUACCCAGCAUUAUUCGAGCGAAACACCCUGCCCGACUCCGACACUGCCCUGUUCUGGAAGGCCAAUAAGUCACCACAACUGGCGGAUCGCGAGCCAGUUGUCGAGACAGGCGGCAUUCUUGGGGGCGGAUCAGCUAUCAAUUGGAUGGUAUACACCCGCGGGCAGUGGGAUGAUUUCGAAUCAUGGAACACGUCGGGGUGGUCUGCGGAAGACUUGCUGCCACUUCUGCGAAAGGUGGAAACAUAUCACGGCGCAACUACCAAUGAGUCCACUCACGGGUAUGAUGGACCAAUCCAUGUAUCAAAGGGGACGCAUCAAGCGCCUCGAGCUGAAAGAGGCUGGAUCGACGGGGCUGUCGAAGCAGGUUGGUCGGAGAUAGAAGACCUUCAAAGUCUGCACUCGAACAAUGGCUCCGGGCCUUGGUAUCGAUAUGUCUCGCCUACCGACGGCCGUCGACAAGAUGUAGCUCAUCGUUACUUGCACCCACUUCUACAAAGUGGCGAAUAUCCCAAUCUCCAUGUUUUGGUAGAAACUCAGGUCCUCCGUAUCCUGUUCGAGGGGGAAGAGAAUCGCGCCACCGGAGUGGAGAUCCGACGCAACCCAGCAUUUGCGCAGGGUUACCGAGAUAAUAACACGACGAGAGUUAAGGCGAGGAAGCUUGUUGUUGCUUCCGCCGGGUCCUUUGGAACUCCGUUGCUUCUCGAAAGAUCCGGAGUUGGUGAUCCUGCAGUGUUGGAGAAGGCGGGCAUACCGGCUGUUCAACGUCUUGAUGGAGUGGGUAAUGACUUCCAGGAUCAUCACUUCGUUGGAUACGUCUACCGCACAAAUCUCGAGCAGAACGAGACCAUCAACGGAAUAGCCCGGAAUGACAGGGGCCGAGACGUGGAUGCCAUGAUUGCCGCCGACGACAAGCAACUUGGAUGGAACGGCCACGAUGCCUCUGGCAAGUUCAGGCCGUCUCCUGCUGACAUCGCAGCUCUGGGACCGGAGUUCCAAGCCGCUUGGGACAGGGACUUUAAGGAUUCGCCGAACCGCCCUUUCAUGAUCAUGGGACUCUUUAACGCCUACUUUGGUGACCCUGCUGCCCUUCCUGACAACGCCGAGUAUGUUACCACAGCACCCUGGGUCACAUAUCCAUACGCGAGGGGCCACAUUCACACCACUGGGCCAAAUAUUGACGAUCGGUACGACUUUACCACUGGCUGGCUCCUUGACGAGAACGAUAUCGAUCUGCAAAGCCAUGUUUGGGGGUACAAGACACAGCGAGCCAUCGCUCGUCGAAUGGAAAUAUUUAGGGGCGAGCUCGCACUAGGGCAUCCCAAGUUCUCCAACACAUCGAGUGCCGCUGUGGUUGAGGUGGCUGAAGGUCCCGUAACUGACUCGAUCGAAUACUCUGCCGAAGACGACGCUGCAAUUAUACAGUACAUACGAGAAAACAUUGGAACGUCGAGACAUCCUUUGGGUACUUGUAAGAUGGCGCCCCGGGAGAGCCGAGGUGUUGUUGACCACGAAUUGAACGUGUACGGUGUGUCCGGGUUGAAGAUUGCGGAUCUCAGCGUGCCAGCUCAGCAAGUUGCUGCCAACACUUACAAUGCUGCACUGUUAGUGGGUGAGAAAGCUGCAGAGAUCAUCAUUGGAGAGUUAAGACUUUGA